CUCUGAGACAGAAAAGUAACUAGUAAGGGAAAGGGAAGAGGACGGAUAACUUUUGGUGAUCCAUUACUUUUUACAAGAGACAAAGCAUGUUUUUCCAGCAAGCUGAUCAAAAACAGACAUCUGAAGGCAUCCUGAAUACACAGUUUAUCUACGAUCUUUUAGGGGAAAAUGCCUGGUUGUACAUUGCUGCUGCCUUCAUGGUAUUGUGGAUUCUCGUGUGGCUGUACAGAGACAACCUGGAGAUUGAUAAUGUCAGUGACAAAUAUGUCUUUGUGACUGGCUGUGACACGGGCUUUGGAAACCUUCUGUGUAAGAAGCUGGACCGUAGAGGUUUUCGUGUGCUCGCUGGCUGUCUCACAGAGAAGGGAGCUGAUGAUCUGAAGAGAGUGGCAGGGCCUCAUUUAAAGACUGUUUUAUUGGAUGUGACCAGUCAGGAUAGCAUCCAGAAUGCCAUGGAGUGGAGCAAGAAGGAGGUUGGUGAAAAAGGACUUUGGGGUAUUGUGAAUAAUGCUGGACGCUCAUUGCCUAUGGGCCCUUCUGAGUGGAUGAGAGUGGAAGAUUACCACGGCACACUGAAAGUGAACAUGCAUGGAGUGAUCGCCAUGACAAUGACCUUCUUGCCUCUUAUCAAGAAGGCUCGUGGCCGCAUUGUAAAUGUAGCAUCAGUGCUGGGGAGGGUGGCUGCAAACGGUGGUGGAUACUGCAUCUCUAAGUUUGCAGUGGAGUCUUUCUCCGACUGCCUCAGGAGAGAUAUCAACUACUUUGGAGUCAAUGUGUGCAUCAUCGAGCCGGGGUUUUUCAAGACAGCCGUGACCAGCCUCGAACCUCUCGAGAGGGAGCUGCAUCGUCUGUGGAACCAGCUCACUCCUGAAGUAAAAGCCAGCUAUGGAGACAAGUACCUGGAUAAGUACAUCAAGGUCCAGCGUUUGAUCAUGAAUGCUAUCUGCGACUCUGAUCUCACCAAGGUGACCAGCUGUAUGGAGCAUGCUCUGACUUCUGCCUACCCACGUACCAGAUACAGCGCUGGCUGGGAUGCCAAGCUUAUCUGGAUCCCCCUCUCAUACAUGCCUUCCUUUGUAGUUGAUAUUGGACUGAAAUUGGUGCUGCCACGUCCUUCAAAGAGUGUGUAACUUCUGAUGAAGAAACGUCUUCAAAGUUAUUGGGCUUUUUAUGUCAUUUUUACUCAUUUGAUGUAACACAGAGCCUGAUACCCAUAAUCCUUAUCAACACAACCCAUGCAAUAAUCUGACAUUGCUGUUAUUUUCCAUGGCAGAUAAUGCAUAUAUAUAAAUAUAUAUACAU